GCAGUGUUCGGUGGGAGCGAUACGAGUUCUUUCUCUUUGUUUUUUCUUUUUAUUUUUUCCCUACCAAAUUUUAUAGUAACCUUCUUGGUUCUUCAUAUCAUAUUUUAUUUUAGCUUCAGUUAGUUUUAUCCGCCAGGCUGCUAGGUUGUUUUUUUUUACAGAUAGGAUUUAUUUUAACCAAUGGCGCAGAGAACUCUAUCGUUGAAUGUCAAGGCUCCUGUAAGGCCUGCUCCCCCGCCACCAUUAAACAUUGCAAAAGUCAACACAUCCCAUGUGCAACAUGCAGCCCCAGCAUCAUCAAGUACUAGGGCACCCCCAAGACCAUCUGCAGAACCCAAGAAGAAAAUUGCUCCACCAAGGCCUCCUCCACCCAAGGCCAGUGCCCAGCUCAAGGCAGUUCAGAGUGCUGUUAUUUUCGCUGGAAUGAUUUCACAGCCCAAGAAACAAAAUCAGGCUCUCUUGACCUCAUCGGUGACUGCACCAGAUCUCUUAAUCAAUUGGGAUUCACCGCCGACGUCACCAACUCCUGGCCGAUCAUCCAGCGAUGGUCUAAGUCUCAAGAGCUUUGGGUCAGACAGCAGCGGGACACAUGGCGCAUUCAGCACGAUGACUCGAAGCGAAAGUGGUUUUGAGAGUGAACCCGACGCAUGGAGUGAAACAGCUGUCACUACAGCCGCACCCGCCAAAAAUGAGAACCUGAAACCCUUCACCAUGCCCACAAUAAUACGGCCGAAUAGAUCCAGACCGCCACCUCCGGCCAUAAAAUCUUCGACCCAUCUGCAAGUCUUGGAAAAGAUUACCUCCAUUCCAGUUGUGCCCGUCAACCAUCCGCGAUCGUCUUCGCCGUACUUGGCCGAUUUGCUCGAUUUGGACGUCACGGAGGACGAUUACUCGCCCCCAGAGCCUUCCAUUCCGCCACCAGCUCCGCCUUCCUUUCUGCUGGAUUCAUCUCUUGUCAACGCUGCUGCUGCUGCCGUUCUUUCCUCUUCGUCGCCCCCACGCUCCCUCGAACUGGACUCGCACGAUCUUGGAUCGGCUGUGGCUCUCUUUGAUUACCAGAGUUCUCACUCUGGGGAUCUUAACUUUAAGGAAGGAGACAGGAUCGUCUUGAUAUCUCAAGUGAACGAUGAAUGGUACAGAGGGUCCAUCGGUUCUUCGGAAGGAAUGUUUCCAGCAAGUUUUGUUCGCAUCGACGUGCCGUUGGAGCGCAAGUCCAAUUCAAAUCGAGCAGUGGCCUUGUACGCCUUUACAGCUGAAACCGAUCAGGAUUUGAGUUUAAAGGAAGGUGAUAUUGUUCGAGUGAUUGAAUCUGUUGGCAACGGCUGGCUUUUUGGAGAGGAUUUGUCCGGUCGGCGAGGUCAAUUCCCCGAAUCUUUUGUCCGCCUGGAGCACUGAGUCAACCUACACGCCCGUCUAUGUGGAGUUUGUAUGUCCCGAUUUUUUGUUAUCUGCCUUUACAUCGGAUUUCCCUCUGUUCAAAGAUGGCAGUCGUGAUGUUUUCAACUGAAAUCAACUUUGAAGAUUAUAUAUAAAUAUACAUAUUCUUUAAGCCUCUCGUAAGAGUGUGAGAACAUUGCACUUGAUAUUUAUAUACAUAUGUACAUGCUAAAUGAGAAUACAUUGAAUUCCCGACCCUA